AAGCAGGUGGAUCUCCAUUCUUAAAUCGCUUCUCUUCAACAAAACAAGAAGAAGAAAAGCCCAUCAUCAGCAUCAUCAUCAUCUAGAUACCGGUGGUGGUCUGCUAGAUACGCUAUCGUUCAACUGGGGCGCGGCUAAAGUGUUUUUUUUUAUUUAAUAAUUUUUUGUCGUCUUUUUUGUCGUCGACGUGAAUAGUAAAAAGUGUCGGUUGCGGUCACAAGAACUGUGCGUGGUGAACUUUCACAGGAUUUGACUAGAAAAAACACUCAAGCUAGAGAUCUACAUUGAUUUUUAAGAAGGGACCCAGCUGGUAGAGCCAAAUUGCAAUGCGAUUGUAUUUAUUGCUGAUGGCCGGCCUGUUGUCCAAAGGGCUUUACACAAUGGCAGAAGAAGUAGAGGUGGUGGAAGCAGUGCCAAGUGAAGAAAGCGAUGACCAUUCGAACAAAAUCGAAAAAGACGGCAACAACGACCAGAUCACAAUGGAAACUACUGAUGACCAAGAACAACCGCCCAAGAAACUGGCCUAUAACAGCCCGCCUAGGAACAACAACCCCAUCAACUUACCACCACCUCCUCCUCCUAGAGGCAAUGGAGGCCAGUACUACAACAACCACAAGCCGUAUAAGAACAAGCCAAACUACGAAAACAAGAACUCCUACAACGGACCACCUCCUCCACCUCCAAAGCAAGCAAUGGAUAAGUAUGAUAAGUACGGCCCGCCCAGCGGCGAUCUCUGGCCCGCCCCUGUUGGAGACAUGCCGAAAAUAAUAUCCCUUGAUGUGAAAUGCGAGAAGAACUUGAUGAAAGUUUACAUCGGAUUUGAUAAGCCUUUUUACGGAAUAGUGUUCAGUAAGGGCCAUUACAGCAACGUCCACUGCGUCCAUUUGCCUGCUGGUUUAGGACGAACGUCCACGCACUUUGAAAUUGGAAUUCAUGCCUGCGGCACAUCGGGAAACACUGAAAAUGGCCUGUAUGGAUACGGAGCUGAGAGUGGAAGUGGGACGUAUUUUGAAAACAUCAUUGUAAUUCAGUACGAUCCUCAAGUGCAAGAAGUUUGGGACCAAGCGAGGAAGCUGCGAUGCACUUGGCAUGAUCAGUAUGAGAAAUCGGUUACUUUCAGACCUUUCCCUGUGGAAAUGUUGAAUAUCAUCAGAACUGAUUUUGCGGGCGACAAUGUUGGCUGCUGGAUGCAGAUCCAAGUGGGGAAAGGUCCAUGGGCUUCAGAGGUUUCAGGCUUAGUGAAGAUCGGCCAAACAAUGACGAUGGUCUUAGCCAUUAAAGACGACGAGAAUAAGUUUGAUAUGCUGGUGAGAAACUGCAUGGCCCAUGAUGGAAAAAGGGCCCCAAUUCAGCUGGUGGAUCAAAAGGGAUGCGUAACACGCCCCAAACUCAUGUCCAGGUUUACGAAAAUUAAAAACUUUGGCGCCAGCGCUUCGGUGCUUUCUUACGCCCAUUUCCAAGCUUUCAAAUUUCCGGAUUCGAUGGAAGUUCAUUUCCAGUGCACUAUCCAGAUCUGCAGGUAUCAAUGUCCGGACCAGUGCUCAGAAGGAACCAACCAAAUUGGAUACCAAAGCAGCCUUUUGGACAUCUCCCACGGUCCAGACAACCAAUAUGGACCCCCACCCGGCCUCCCAGUGGAACACUACCUCCAUUCCGGUCAUCCGCGCGAUGAAAGAAGAGUGCGAAGAUCCCUCAGCAACGAUCCAGAAACAGAAGUGGGCGUCAAUCGAAUAAUUCGCGUAGUUAGUACAGGAGAUCUGACAUUCUCCCUGGAUGAGAACAGCACAUCUACAGCCCCCACGAUGGUUUUCCCAGCUUCCAAUGAUCAAGUAGUGGCGGCUAGUGGGCUGAUUUGUAUGACCACGUCUGGAUUUGCUGCCACUUUGAUCGUUCUGCUGGCCAUAAUGAUAAUUUCCUGCUUGAUGUCGGCGUUUUUGUGCGUCAAGUUGAAACCGUUCACUCAUAAGAAAAUCGUCGGUUGGGUUGGGUUUACAGCCACUCAAAAAGUGGCCGGUAAAACGGUGGCCACCUCAAAAAGCUGCUUUUAUUCGUGAUCGGAAGUGACUUCUUUGGUAGGCGUGUAAUGUUGGCUAAAUUAUUUUUCAGUGUUUCAAGGCAAUUUUUAAAUGUGUUUAAUUACACCCUGCAACUGCAACUCUUGCCGGGAAAAUUUUUAGUUCUAAUAGCAAAUGUUCGCAUUAAAAAAAAACUCCUGGUUGGAAACAUGUCGCCCUUUUCUGAAUCACUUUGAUAAACAUGUCAGCACUACCUCUUACUUUGUAAUAAUUUAAAUAACUAUAAAUAACUGCACGUUGUUUCUACAGUGAAUAAGUAAGUUUGCGGUACCGUUUUGCUAAGUUUAAGGUUGAUUUUAUUUGCUUAACACAUUCCCAUCGAAUUAUCAAAACGGUUCCAAGAUUAAUUAAAAAUGUAUUAUGCGAUAGCGCAUAACAAAGUACUUCCAUUUUUAUUGGAACUUUAUAGUAUUUAUAGUAUAAGUUACCUCAUAGGACAUCUAAUUUCCAUUAGUCGAAUAACAAUUUCUGGGUAUAUAGGCUUAGUUGGGCGGCAAUUUCAAUGGAUAACAAACACCCAUUGGUUGAGUGGCUUCCAUUUCAAUUGCCGUAGCAGUUUUUUAAGGUAAUUUAUCGAUUUCUACUAUACAGGGCGUCAUGAUUUUAGCAGCAUUUCAAUCGUUUUCUGGUUAUUAAUCAGGGACGCCCUGUACAUUGUGUAAAUACUGUCGGACUAUGGGUGGAGGUAAAUUAUUUAUCUUUAAUUGCAUUAAUUUAUUUUCCACAACCUGUAUUUUGUCUAAUUAUUAAAGCCACGUAUUUUUUAUCAUGUACCUGUAUAACUUAGAUUUAUCUUGUCCAUCUUACCUGCUCUGUUUUGUUUUUAUGCCGCUCUUAGCUUCAAGCUAAUGAGUAAAUAAAAAAUCUUUUCUAAUCUGA